GAGAAAUUAUCAGUCAACUAUCUCAUCUCAUCUAUUCAAUUACAUUGAAAUUGAAAAGUUACGAUUAACAAAAUGACUUUAAGACUAAUCAACUUAAGUGUUUUACUUUUAUUACUAUUCAACUAUUCCUACGCCUCACAUUCAGAUGCUGCAGCGGCUUCUGGAGCUGCUGCUAGUAGUUCGAGUACUAGUGAUGCUAAUGGUUCUUCUGGUUCAACAGAAACACUAACAUCAUCAAAUGCCAAUAACGAUUCACAACCAGGUAACAGCCCAAGUACUUCCAAUGCUGGUGGUUAUUCUCAAAAAACAGAAACAAGUGCUACUUCGAUGUCAGAAGCUUCCUCUGAAGAUGGUAAACAAGGACCUGGUUCAACUGGUACUAAUCCAAGUAUGAUGGAUUUGAACAAUCCCAUGAUGUCUAUCAUAAUGUCCAGUUCUGAUUCUAAUUCUGAAUCUGGGUCUAAAUCUAUGUCUAACUCUUAUUCUAAAUCUGAAAGUACAGAUAUGAAUAGUCCAAUGUCAAUGGUAAAAAUGAAUUUAGAUUUUCCUCAAAUGUCUUCUAUGCUCGAUAUGGAUAUGUCAUCUCAAACGACCUCAGCGGAUUCUAAAGCCGACUCUCAAUCUGACUCAGACGCUACUUCUAAAUCAAACUCUGCAGCAGAUUCUGAUAUGGAUAAUCGAAUGACAAUGGUUCGAAUGGGUUUAGGUGUUCCUCAAAUGCCUUCUAUGCUCGAUAUGGAUAUGUCAUCUCAAACGACCUCAGCGGAUUCUAAAGCCGACUCUCAAUCUGACUCAGACGCUACUUCUAAAUCAAACUCUGCAGCAGAUUCUGGUACUACUUCUACCUCUGGUUCUGAUUCUAGUUCUGAAUCGCAAUCUCAAACUAAGUCUGCCUCUGGUUCUGAUUCUAGUUCUGAAUCUCAAUCUAAGUCUGAAUCUGGUUCUGCCUCUGGUUCUGGUUCUGAAUCUGGUUCUGAAUCUGGUUCUGAAUCUGGUUCUAAAUCUGUUCUGAAUCUGGUUCUAAAUCUGGUUCUGAAUCUGGUUCUGAAUCUAAAUCUAUGUCUAAAUCUGAUUCUACAGAUAUGAUUAAUCGAAUGACAAUGGUUCGAAUGGGUUUAGGUGUUCCUCAAAUGCCUUCUAUGCCCGAUAUGGAUAUGUCAUUUGCAACAAGUUCAGCGGAUUCUAAAGCUGAGUCUGUUUCUCGAUCUAGUUCAGACACUACUGGUUCCGGUUCUGGUUCUGGUUCUGGCACUAGCUCUAGCUCUAGCUCUAGCUCUAGCUCUAGCUCAGCUUCCGAUUCUGGUUCUGAGUCUGAUUCUAGUAAGACCAAAACAGGAAAUAAUGGAUUAGAAGACA